UUAUGCAAGAUCCAGAGAGACAAAAUGGAGACUGUGAUCACGAUGAAGGAGCAACUACAAAAGAAAGAACUUGAGAAGGAGCGGGCUUGGGAGCGGAGGAUCGAGGAGCAGAAAGAAAUGGACAAGUUGAUUAUGAAGCUAAACGCCGAGCGUGAGGAGGAGGCAGCAUCUAAAAAGAAGAAACAAACAGAAGCUAUGAGCUUUGUGCAUAAAUAUCUAGAGACUCGAGAACAAGAAAAAGAAAACAAGGCGAAGAAAAUGAAGCAGGAGGAAGAAGAAAUGCUCCGAUACCGAGCAUUACAGGACCAACGAGCAGCAGAAAAAGCCGAAAAGGAGAGAGAAAAGAAGGAGCGCGAAGAAAAGAUCCACGCAAUUCUGUCCGCUGGAAAAGAAGAAGAGGCUCGCCAAAGGGAUGACUUUGAGAAGAUGCUCAACGAUCUCUACUUUGAAGAGGCCGAAGAGCGCUACAGGAAGAACGCCGAGCAAGAGAGGAUCCGGGUACCAAAAGACUGUUCCUCCAUGGCUUUGAGGAUUGCAACUUCCCUUGUCUACAGAGAGAGCAAGUCCGAGAAAAUCUCAAGGCUUCGAAUGAGCACGACCAUUUCCUGAAGGAGCAGCGCAAGCUCAAAGAAAAAGCCGAGAGGGAGGCCUUCCACAAGAAGAUGAUGGAUCAAAUGGCCGAGGAGCACAAGAUCGAGCAAAUGAACGCUCAAAAACGAAGGAUGAAGAUGGAAGAGUUCAAGAGGGAGAUCAGUAAGUUGUGGGAGGAUAAAAAGUCCAUGUUCCACGGACAGGUGGACGAGGCCAAAGAAUUCCGGAAGA